UUUACCUUUCUUUCCCAAAGAAAUGUUCUAUUUAUAAGACUUAUUUAGAAUUAUGGCUACCAAUUGGAGUAUCUGUGGUGUUUGUGAUAUUCUUCAGAUUUCCAAAAAUUCAGUAGUAUGGUGUUCCAAUUGUGACGAAGGACUUUGUGGAGAGUGUAAGAUUCAUUAUGCAGUUUCCAAGGCAUCAAAAAGCCAUAAAACCGUUUCUAUCGCCGAAUACACAAAGUUACCGACUCAAGUCUUGAAAAUCAUUCAAAACUGCAAACUUCAUAAUGAGAAAUACGAGCUGUUCUGUAGAAAACACGAUUGUCCAUGCUGUAAAAAAUGUUUAAAAUAUCACAACGAUUGUAAAGGUUUAACCGACAUUAAAGAAAUCAUAAAAAACGUAAAAACUUCAAACGCCUUGGAUGAAGUCGAACAAACUCUGACAGAAGUCGUCGAGAAUAUUAAACGACUCAGCACUAACAUGAAAGAAAAUUUGAAAUCUCUAGAAAACAGGAAAAGAGAAAUUGAAGAAGAAAUAAAACAAACCAGGAGAAACGUUAAUCACUACCUUGAUAAACUUCAGGAUGCCUUGGUUAAAGAAUUAAUGAAAGUUGAACAAAAAGAAAAAAGUAAAAUAGAAAAAUUGUUGACUACUCUAAAACAGAGGGAAAAAGAGAUCACUGAAGCACGAGAAAAUACUGCUAUUAUUAAACAGCAUGCGUCCGAGCUUCAAACAUUUUUAACCAUGAAAAAUAUCGAAAAAGAUAUUGCAGUCGAAGACAAAUUUAUUCAAUCAAUUACCAUAAGUGCCUCAACAAAUAAAGUUAAUAUUUCAUGUCAGAUUAGCACGUCUUUAAAGCAAAUCACUACCAGCGUAAAGAAGUUUGGGGAUAUUAAUGUCAGUUCUGAUCCUUGUGAUGUUUCCAUUCAGAAACGGAAGGAUAGAGAAGCCCAGAUUAUGGAGCACUUUCAACCAGAAAUAAUGACAAACUGACUCUGAAAUUACAGAAACGUAUCAAUACAGGGUUGUCAAAUGUUCAUGGUUGUUCACUGCUUCCUGGUGAUAGGAUGGUAUUCUCCAGUUAUACCGACUAUAAGAUAAGAGUAUUCGAGUCUGACGGAUCGAAAGAUUUCGAAAUAAAGAAAGUUGGUCCAACGUCUGAUGUGGUAUUUAUUGGUGAUGAUUCUAUUGCUGUAACUUCCGGCGGUUCAAAUCAGAUUAAUAUAAUUGACUUAAAGAAGCACAAACUGAA